CGUAAUUCAUAGUAUUACGCGUUAAACAAAGGCAAUAAAAAUUGACAGUGUGUGGUAUUAUAUUAAAUAUCUUGUCAUAAUCUGUACUUUCUAAAUGUGAAACAAUAUUAGUAUAAUCCAAGUUUGUUUGUAAUUAAAAAGCAUGAUAAUUUAUCUCAAGUUAUUGAUAUUUGUUCCUCCAUCUUACAUCAUCCUGAACACUUUUUGAUUCGUCAAAAUAUUUAUUUUACAAACUAUAAAUUGUAAUUUAAAAUUAGACAUGAAUUGUUUGAAAAUUAAUGAAACAUUGCUUUCUAAUGCUCGAGAAACUCUGAAAAAGUGGUGACAAUGAAGUUAAAUGAAUUUUUUAAGCGUAUGUCAUAGUGCAAUUAUUAAAAUCGUAUUGUUUACAUAACGAACAUCAGCUUCGGUGGAUUAUUUUCGUCAGAUCGUCAAAUUGCGUUUCAAUAAAGUUGUUCAAACAUUUUUAAAACGUUUUAGAAAGAAAGAAUAAAGAAACAAUGUCUGGAGAACAGUUUUCCUUAGUUUGGAAUAGUUUCCCAAGAAAUUUGUCCUCUGGAUUAUAUACAUUAUUAACCGACGAGCAGUUAGUAGACGUAACAUUAGCUGCAGAGGGUCAAAUACUACGUGCACAUAAGUUAAUAUUGUCAGUUUGUAGUACAUACUUCAGGGAAUUGUUCAAGGGAAACUCUUGUAAACAUCCAAUUGUGAUUUUAAAAGAUGUCAAUUACCGUGAUCUGUCAGCAAUGCUUCACUUUAUGUAUCAAGGAGAAGUUAACAUUAAGCAAGAAGAUAUUGCUAGUUUUUUGAAAGUUGCAGAAACUUUACAAAUAAAAGGUUUAACCACAGACACAGAAGAGAAACUUGGAGAAACUUUAACAAAGAAGGCAGGGAACUUGGAUCAAAUAUUUAACACAGAAAACAGCAGUAUUAAUUGUAUUAAUUCAGAUACAAAUGCUCCUACUUCCGAGGAACAAGGACAAUUUAUACAGAAAAACCAGCAAUGCAAAAGCCAAUUAUCAAAAGAUGAAUUACACAGUAACGAAUUCAUAGAGAAUACAAGUGUCAGUGACAUGUGUUGUCAACAAGAAUCUAAUUCAAUUCAUAAUAUACAAGAUAUACAAAAUAACAGUUCGACAAGUAUAGAAGAGGAACCAUUAGACUGCACAGCUGAUAUAAGUCAUAUAGAAUCGGCAAAGCAGGGACCACUGGAUUAUACACUUGACAUAGAUACAGAAGCAGGAUAUAAAACAUGUUUGCCUAACGAGACACUUUAUAAACCUGAAGAAAAUUUACAGACAAAAGACUAUGUACCAGAUAUGCAAUUAGUUCCCUACAAUCAGAAUACACAAACUCAUCCAUUUGGUUUAAGUAACAUGACUGGUUUUGAAAGUGAAUUUACGUACGAAACUGGUUGUCAUAGUAAAGGUCGACGAACCGUUAAAGGUAUUUCCAACAACAGUUUGCCAUUGGAAACAACUUUACGCGUUGUAUCCGAACUGGGCCCAACAUUACGUAUGGAAAGAGGUAAGGUUAUUCGAAUGUAUUCAUGUCCAUGGUGUCUUCGUCAUUUCACGCGUAAGGAAAAUCUGAAACUACAUGUUCGAUAUAUUCAUGGUCCGCUCGAAAGUCUAACAUGUAGACUUUGUGGUAAUAAAUAUAAAAACAGUAAUAGUUUACGUGUACAUUCGUAUCUGUAUCAUAAUGCUAAGCGCGACAAACCUAAUAAGUCAAUAGUGGAUGGUGGCGCAUGAAAUUAGAAGAAGAAACAAUUGACAUUGAGAUUUGUAUAAGAUUAUUACAUGGUACGUAAAUUAAAUGUAAUUGCCGCAAUUUUAUUUAUAAGAAAGGUUGUUGGCAAUUAACGAGAAAAAUGAUAAAAACCUAAUUAUUUAAUAUUUUCUAUUUAUAUUUCUUUGAUACUGUUAAGAUAACAAAAAGUCGAAAAAUUUGCAGAAAUACAAUAUUCUCUUAAUUAGACAGAUUUAGAAUCUAGAUAAGAUAACAUAUUUUAUAUAAAACA